AUGAAGUUUAAUAUUAUGGAUAAUCCACAAAACAUAGUAUGUUGCGGCUGUCUAAGCAUUGGAAGAAAAAUGAUUAAAAUAGACUUGGAGCGAAAAGAGUGUUUUCAUCAAAUUUUAGGUGAUUUACAAACAGUAGCAGAUUUCAAACUUAUGUACCUAUGCUGGGAAUGUACUGGCCGGUUAAGCAAUUACAUCAAGUUCAAAAGUCAAGUGAGAUAUGCCCACAAAUGUCUACAGGAUAUAGAGAAGGACCUAAAAUUGGUAUCCCAAUCGAAAUUGAAUACCCAAAACACUUUAAUAAUAAAUUAUGAUCCGGAGACCUCUGAAGAAUUAGAUUGGCAUAUCGCUGCUAGCGAAGAAAAGGAAACACUCUCCGAUCAGCAAUGUUCAGAAACAGAAACAGUAGUGCAACCAAAAAAGAAGAUAAAGAAAGCUUCGAAGAGCAAGAGACUGAUGCAUCUGUACAAAGAGAUAGAGUUGACUGAGAGUGACAUAGAGGCCGAGAGGGAUACAGAAGCCUCAAGCGAUAGUUUUGUGAAUGCCUUAUUUAAAUGCGAGAAAUGCGUCGAAGCGUUUCCCAACCAAGAGGAUCUGAAUGACCAUAAUCUAAAGAAACAUAAUAAGAGGUUACGUUUCAGCUGUCUGGUGUGCGAGUGCUAUUUCGGAACCGCAGCGGCUCUCUCAUACCACGCGAACAAGCACAGGAUCCGUUAUCAGUGCAGGUCGUGCCGCACGAGGUUCGGGACCAAAUCGAAGGUGCUAUCACACCACGCCCGAGAACACAGCUCGAAACCGGAUGACCAAUGCGCUGAUAGCGAAACUACCCCGAACGGAGUGGCAGGCUUACUGAGUGAAGCGAAAAGAGCGAACGGUAAGCCGGUGUGCGUCCCGUGUAAUAGAACGUUCUCAUCCAUAGCCACGUUCAAACAGCACAUGAAAAUGAGCAUGAAACACGUCCCCGAAAACGAUUUUAACGCGGGCCCUUACUCGUGCGAGAUUUGCGAGAAGAAGUUCCGCUGGACCACGUCGCUCCGCAAGCACAUGGAGACCCACCGCAUCGAGAGGGGGCAGAAGAGGAAGCCGUACUGCGAGUCUUGCAGAUUAUCCUUCACGACGUCCGCGAACCUCAGGAAACACGUGAAGACCAGCUCGAGGCAUCAGAUUAUAUUGAAACUAAGGAAGUUGGACGUGCACGCGGAGGACUCUCCCGAGAACCAAGCCCGGCUCGAGGAGAUUCGUUGCUCUGUGACCGAGUCGAAGCAGCAGCACUACUGUCCGGAGUGCGACAAGAAGUUCCUGUGGCGCGGCAACCUCCUGAGGCACCUGAAGAGUCACCAGGCAAGAGCGAACGGUAAUCUGGUGUGCGUCCCGUGUAAUAGAAAGUUCUCAUCCAUAGCCACGUUCAAACAGCACAUGAAAAUGAGCAUGAAACACAUCUCCGAAAACGAUUUUAACUACAUGUGCAGCGACUGCGGGAACAAAUUCGUGAACAAAACCCGCCUCAAGGACCACAUCAAUUGGGAGCACCUCAAGAACUAUAUUCACAGAUGCUCAGACUGCAAGAAGGUGUUCAAGACCCGCACGUCCCUGUACUUGCACCGGCAGAUGGUCCACAAGGAGAUGUCUGACAAUCAUCUGUGCGAUCACUGCGGGAAACGGUUUCCGAGUCAGGCCAGGCUUCAUUAUCACAUAACGGCUCUACACAACAAGGAGACUCCGUACAAAUGCACCACGUGCUCGGCGAGAUUCAGCUGGCACUCGUGUCUCACUCGACACGUUCGGACCAUACACUCGAAGGAAAAGAAAAGCGCGACUUAACAAAAGAUAAAUGUGAAUUAUUAAAAGAUAAGCGCGACUUAGCAAAAGAUAAAUGUGACUUAAUAAAAGAUAAGCGCGGCUUAAUAAAAGAUAAAUGUGACUUAAUAAAAUGUAAGCGCGGUUUAACAAAAGAUAAUAAAUAUAAGUGUAUAAAAAUAUGAAAAAGUGAUUCUCUACUUUCUAUCAUCUGUGUCAGUAGCGACCAAUACGCCACAAAAAUUAGGAUAAAUAUGUUAUGUGAAUUCGUAAAAGAUAAAUUUGUACUAAUAAAAGAUAAAUCAGUCGUCUCAUAAAACAAUAAAACUUAUA